CACAUCAGUACACAAUCCCCUGAAGAUAUUGGAAACCGACGCAUGGCCUCAUAGGUCUUCCAAAAAUGACCGAACCGAAGGAGUCCCGCAUCGCCAUCCGCUUUGGUGCCUCGUCAUCUUCCAAGGCACCCACCAGAACCGCAGCACGUCCUGCACCAUCCAGCGCGCUGGGUAAGAGACACCGACCUCGUUUCGACCAUGGCCACGAUGAUUCCUCUGGCGAGGAGGAGCCCGAGGACGCGCAGCUCGAGAGCAUCACUCACUUUGGCGCAAACGGAGCAGAAUUCCUCGACGAUGAGCGCUCGCGUGCAGCUCAACACAGAUCCGACGACAGGAAAUUAGCGCGGCGGAGAACCAAGUCACCAGAGGUCAAAAGCCAGGAAAAGAACGGCGUGCCUGCAAAUGUUGUCAAGGGCGAAGAGGAGGAGGAGGAGUCGCUCAAGUACGGGCUAACGAUCCCGAAGAAGCCCGCGCAGAACGAGACAAAGCAGGAGGGGGUGGGGGAGAACAAGGCGCCUAAGGAGCCUAAGACCGCCGACGAGGAGGCCAUGGAUGCGCUUAUGGGUAAGGACACGGGCAGAAAACGCAUAGUUCAAAGAACGGAGGACAGUGCCUACCGCGACGCUGCUGCGAAUGCACCGGAGGAAGAUGAUCUGGAGACAUACGACGCCAUACCAGUGGAGGGUUUCGGUGCGUCUCUUCUCAUGGGACAAGGCUGGGAUGGCAAGAUGCGGGGUCCCAAAGCCAAAGAGAUCACGAAACGCCCCAACGGAAUGGGAUUGGGCUCCAAGAAGCUGACGGGAGAGGAGGAUCUCGGCGGCUGGGAUUCCAAAGGCAAGAGCAAGGGCGACAGACGGCCGAGACUCGACGAGUACCGGCGAGAUAGGGACAAGAUGCGCGAUCGACGGGAGGACAGGUAUCGCGACAGCUACAAGAACGAGCGAGACCGCGAACGUAACGGCGACGGCAGAAGAGAUGGCGGCCGUGAGCGCGAUAGGGACCGAGAUCGAGACCGCGACCACUACAGCCGUAGUGACAGGAGCUAUCGACGGUGAACAAUAUGCCCGUGAACGAGGCCUGCUCGACUUGGAAAUCGAGUGUCCACAUUCUAACGGCCAGAUUGCAAAUCAAGAUCAAUCAAGC